AUGAGACCUGCGCGAUUGAGUUCCUGGGCGCCAGAGGUCCCUAGCGACAUACGCGAAAACGUUUCUCGGCAUCAACUAGAUAGAGGACAUGCGGCCCGGCCGCGGCCGCUACACAACCCAACGACCCCCAACAUCAUACCCCGGACUUCACAUCCCAGCAUGUACGGUGUACUGGUGUACCCUACCUGUGUACCGUGGUGUACCCUGUACGGUGUACCCUACAUACACCGUACCUGUACGGUGUACCGGGCGGGACACAUCCGUACCGGCUGGUGUAAUGUGGCUGGUACAGAGACUGAUCGACAACAAGUCGCUAAGGAUUAUGAGCAUCUUUGGGGCUUCAUUGCUUCGUUGGAUCUGGAUGGGUUCAGGCCGCAGCUGGCAGCAGUUAUAGCCGACUCCAAGGAGGCCGAGGUUCUGCUUUGGGACGCUCUCAUAGUCCUUGAAGGCAGGCUCAGUAAGGUGGAGGCCCAGCUUGUACAGCUGCAGCAAGACCACAACAAGUUGUUGCUGCUGCAGAUGGCCUCACAAGCGGAGAACAAGUUUGUGCACUGCGCGGCGCCUAGCCUUGCGCCAAGGUCAGCAGCACACAUGACAUUCAAUCACCUGUCCAAUGGUCGCGACAAGGGUGUCAACAAGGCGGUGUUCCAGCAGUUCGUGAGCAAGUACCCUGGCCUUCAGGAGGGCCUGGAGUCUCUGAAGGACAUCGGCACGCCCAUCGCGCACCCAGAAAUGGUGCGCAUGGAGGAGGGCAACAAGCAGCCGGUCACCAGCAUGCUCCUGCAGAACCUCAUUAACAAAGAGUAUUCCGAUGACGACCCUGUGAAGCCGGAUGUGGAGGCUGUGCUCCGCUGCCUCAGUGACCUGGCCCAGGAGUUGGGAGAGAGCCUCUUUGUUAAUGAGGUUCUGCAGGAGUGUGCUGGUGACCGGCUGCUUGUUGCCCUCCUCCACGCGCGCCAUUUCCUGGUGUGCAACAUGCAUGCCGCAUGUCCUUCAGAGACUCCAGGCCCUCCUGAAGGCCAGGGUACUUGCUCAUGA